ACUCAGGAAGAAGAGUCGAAGAAAUCUUCACUCAGGCAUCAACAGCAGCAACAUCCAGCACUAUCUUGAAAAUGUCCAAGUUAAAAGUGUCAAACACCAAGUUUUACACGCAGGAAGAGGAAUUGAGAAGUGGCUACCUGCACAAGUCCCCUGGUCCUCUGAUUUCAAUGAAAUCACAGAAAUCUUGGAAGCGCCGUUUUUUUGUACUCUUCAAGACAAGCGAGGGUGUUUACACCCUGAAGUACUUCAGAAGUGAGGAGAGGAAUAAAGCUCUGGGAGAGAUAGACUUGUUAGAAAUCAGUACGCUGCUCUUCUGCCCAGAGAGCCAUAGUAUGUGGGGAUGUAUUCACAAAAUGUUCAGAUGCCCAGCCUCUUGUGUGCUCCUACUGCGUGCCAACAGCCGAGACUAUUUCCUCGUCGGAGAGAACAGCUGGGAAACCAAUGGCUGGUUCGAUGUCCUUUACAACGUUCUGUAUGAUCAGGAUGUGGAUGUGGGGAAACCCAGAACCUGCUCCGCCCCUCCAUUGCCUCGGACUGAGCAAACUCAUCAGGCCUCUGAUAGAGAAGCCAAGUCAAAGUCAAUGCCACCACUAAGUCAGCCAGUAAAAAGACCCGUCUGUCUGAUGCCUCCGUAUCGACCCAACACUCAAGCCUCCCUGAUUGAGGCCACAGGCCCAUCUGCAGCUGAGGAGCACAUUUAUGCUGUUCCAUCCAGUCUGCCUGUCAUAGCAGCACUACAGAAUGUGGACGAAGGUCCCCGGAGAACCCAGUCUGAGCCUCCAAAAUCUUGGACCAAUAAAAAAACUGAGCUGAUCUAUGACAAAAAAGUCAGGCCAAAGUCAAUGCCAUUGGCACCACCAAGUCUGCCAAGAGACACAAGCCCAGCACGUCUCUUUGCUGUUCAUGAGAAAGCAUCGCCACAGGUGCCAAAGAGUGACGAGAAUGAGGAAGGGGCCGACUGCGGUAUAUAUGAGGACAUGGCUACAUUGUGCAAUGCAGCAAUGAAGGCAGAGGACAAGGAGCCGUCAGAGGAUGUGGACUCCGAAGACAGUGAUUUUUUUGAUGAUGGACAACCGAAGAACAGUCCCACCAUGAAUAGGCCUACAAUGACUGAUGAAAAGGGGGCCAGUUGCCAAAUCCUCCCCACACCCAUUGAGAUGGAGGUUUGUGUGAGCCGAGAGGAUCUGGAAAAGCACCUGGACCUGACAUCGGAUGGAGAGACGCCAGGUAGGAGAGACAGCUUGCUGCUCAAGGGAGACGAAAUCCUGGCCAUCAAUAAUCUGCACAUUGACAGCGAGGAGGAGGUGGAGUUCAUGCUGAAGAAACUUAGGGUGAACGAGGUGACGCUCACCAUUCGGAGGCUGUCUAGUGAGUUCCAGCCAUGAAAGCAGAACUUUCCUCCAUGUGAAUCAUUGUGUGGCCCUUUUCUGAGUGUGUUUUUCUGUGUCUGUCAAAGACAAGUUUCACCCUGCGUGUCUCUUAAUGACUUUGAGCUGCAAACACAAACCCCUGUCUCCUUGUGAUGACAUGACAGCACAGCUCUCCAAUCAAGAGGAAAGAUGCAAGUGCAUUUUGUGUGCUCAAAAAGAGACUAUGGCCAAAAAAAGAGGCCAAGAAUCAUUUAAUAGCCGACUAAGAUGACAUUCUUACCUCUCGCAGCCCGUUGAGUUGAAACAACAGAUGGUUGUGACCAAGGAUAUCUCUACCAUCUCUGAAGAACUUUGUGGGUGUAUCUUGGCGUAUCUUUGUAAACAGUAUUUCUGCAGUAAGUCCUACCUGCAAUCAUGUACACACACAUGUAUACAGUGCCCUCCGCAGGCACCAUUAUUGGCACCAUAAAAAUGGGUGAUGUAAACAAAAAUGUGAUGUAAAGAGAUGUAAACAAAUCUGUAGGCAUUUUAUAUGUUUCACUAUGGAAACAGUGAGGAAACAAUGUUGAAAGUAAAUUUAUUCAGAGAGAAAAAAACAUUCCACAUUUGUUUAUCUUCAUGUAUUUGUUUUGUAUUCCAUUGUAUAUAUAGAAAACAAAAAUAGAAAAAGCACUGGAUGUACAGUAUUUUUCAAACGUUGGAAUCCCCGAUAAACUGCCUGAAAAAUAAAUAAAUCAUAAACAUCAGAGAAGUCUGUGUUAGUUUAUACUGUAGUUCUUAGACACUUUUGUCAAAAGCUACAAUUACAUCAAUACACAUAACAUUACCAUUACAGUUAAACAGUUAAAGUCAUAUAGUCAUAUAGUAAACAUAAUUAAACAGACAGAGUAACCAUGA